AUGGAAGAUAAAAUUAAUUAUUAUAAAGAUUAUAUAAAUAUAAACUAUAUUUCUGAAUGUUUAAAAGAAUUUAAUAGAUAUUUCGAACAGAAGGAUAAAAUUGCACCACUUGAAGAUUACCAAAGAAUUUCUCUCUCAUUAAUGGCUCAUCACUUAAAAGGAAUUGAUGGAGAAAAAUAUUUAAAUAUUUACAAUAAAAUAAUGAAAAUAGUUAGUAAAGGUGAAACUAAACCUAUAACUGAUCAUUGUUUCUAUUGCUUAGCAGAAUUUAAUUUUUCAGAAGGUACAAUUGAAAGAUUUAUUGAAUGCAGAGAAUGUGAAAGUAUUUUAGAAAGAUGUUCAAGAACUUUAUUAUUGUUAAGUUCUCCAAAAACAUUAAAUUGCGAUUUUUGUUGUUCAAAAUCAUUGGUACUUGCUGGCGAGGAUAUAAAAGAGCAACCAGAUGAAGCUAUUGUUGACAAUGAAACAUUUGAGUUCUCAUCACAAGAAUACCAAUUCCCUUGGAUCAAAAAUCUAUUUUCAAAUGACCAAAUUUGUAUUUAUUGUUCAACACCUCUAAAUGGUAAAAUUAAUGCAGAGGAUGUUUACGCUCUCAAAUAA